UACGGCAACGCGCCAUUUUAAGAGUGAGCGCUGCACGGACAACAAGAACGCCGACGCCGUGGGACGCAUUUUAGUCAUUAAUUCGGCUUUACCCACCGGCUCCGUGAUAGUGUUCUGGGACUAUAUUCUGUAAAUUAGUGAGACUUUUCUUCUUCGAGCUCGGAGAUUUCCAUUGCUGUUGAAUGCAGAGCUGAGGUAAACAAUGACUCAGUUUCUGCCCCCGAACCUGCUGGCCUUGUUUGCCCCGCGGGAUCCGAUCCCUUUCCUGCCGCAGCUGGAGAAACUUCCCCAUGAAAAGCAUCACAACCAGCCUUACUCUGGCAUCGCUCCAUUCAUCAAGCACUUUGAGGACCCUCGAGAUGCACCGCCACCAACUAGAGCUGAAACGCGAGAGGAGAGACUGGAAAGAAAGAGGCGCGAGAAGAUGGAGAGGAGGCAGGCGGUUGUAGAAACCGAGCUGAAGCUGUGGGAUCCUCAUAAUGACCCUAACGCACAAGGAGACGCUUUCAAGACCUUAUUCGUUGCUCGAAUUAAUUAUGAUACAACAGAGUCCAAACUCCGUCGCGAGUUCGAGGUCUACGGCCCCAUCAAGCGAAUCUACAUCGUGUACAACAAGAGGACCGGAAAGCCACGUGGCUACGCUUUCAUCGAGUACGAACACGAGCGAGACAUGCACUCGGCCUACAAACACGCAGACGGUAAAAAGAUCGAUGGGCGCAGAGUUCUGGUUGAUGUAGAGAGAGGUCGCACGGUGAAGGGAUGGCACCCUCGUCGGCUGGGUGGAGGUCUGGGUGGUACUAGAAGAGGUGGGGCAGAUGUUAACAUCAAACAUUCUGGUAGAGAUGACACCUCGCGUUAUGAUGACCGACCUAUCGGAAGUGAUCGGGAUCGUGAGCGCGGAGAACGGCGUGAACGGAGCCGGGAACGUGACCGAGAAAAGGAGCGGGGUGAGCGGGGUGAGCGGCGACGAACGCGCUCACGCGAAAGGCGAAGACGCACACGGUCACGUGAGCGUGAAAGGGCAGCUGUCGCACCCGCAGAGGAGCCCGGAGUUCGGCGCAGAGACAGGGAGAGAGAGAGGGAGAGAGGUGAAGCUGAAGUCAAGCCACGUGAAAGAAGCCGAGAGCGUGACCGGGACCGGGAACGCAAGAGGAGGAGCAGGAGCAGGGAGAGGAGGAGGGACAGAGAGAGAGGGAAGGGUGCAGAGGGAAGUGAAGAGGGCACAGGCAGUCUGAACGAUGGGAUGAUGGGAGAUGGAGAGCGAGGGAUGGAGGAGUCCGCUGUGGGCGAGCAGGGUCGAGGAGAGGAGGGGGUACUGGAAGGAGAAGAGCGAGGGAGAGAGAGAGACAGAGAGAGGGACAGAGAUCGGGAAAGGAAGCGUAGUCACAGAGAUAAAGAUAGAGACAGGGACAGAGAAAGGAGGAGGGACAGAGACCGGGAUAGAGAUCGCGAGCAUAAGCGGGACAGGGGCGAUCGUGAGCGUAGAGAGGAUCGACACGGCUCUCUGCUUCCGCCUAUGAGUGAGAAUGAAAGCUUGGGGAACGGAGAGGAAGGAGACGGCUCCCUCCCGCCACAGAUGGAAGAAGGUUCACAGGAUGGGAUGAAUGCCACGAUGAUGGACCAGGACUCCAUGCAGUCUGGAGAUGGCUAUGCCUCUAAUGAAAACGGCUACAAGAUAGAGGCCCAGGGUGAUGAGUACUAAACACUAGAGGUUCUCACGUGUUGAAAUAAAGUGAAUUCUCUCUGACCGUUUUUGUCCAUAUGGUGAGGAGUUAAUGAUGUGUCCAUUCAAUCAGCUUUUUCAGAACAUGAUCUAUCCACCGUGAGCCAUUGGGCUGAAACAGGAACAGCUGAACUGUGAUUUUUAUUUUUUUUCUUCUUUUCUCCCCACCAAAUAGUUUUGGCAAGGAUUAACAACAGAGGGUGUGCUGAAAGACUUCUGUAUUAGUUUAACCCUUCAGUGGAUGUGCUGUAUGUUUGUAAGAACAACCCUGCAGUAUAAAACAGUUGUUUGAUUACAGGAAUCAUUAUAUUGAGUUACAGAGUAGUGUCCAAUUUACCUGUUUUUGUUUUUUUUUUUCUUUAUUAAUCAACUCCAAGCGUCCUUUCAAGGUAAGCUGUAUUUAAGGUGAUUAAUGUAGAAAAAAUGUUUCUAAAGCUUCAAUUACAGGUCUGUCUUGAUUUUCCACUUUGUGGACCAGAAGCAAUGGAGGGGAGG